AUGGCUACAGUAUCAAACGCCCCUGGAAUACCUACGCCAAGGGCUUUCGCUCCCUAUAUGGAUCAUGAGGAGAAUUUAAGUACUCUUCCGGACCCUCGGAGUAGAGUCUCGUCACCUACAAUCGACAGCCCCGUCUCAAACCAAGAACAGUAUCAAGAGCUGAGCAAUGCACAUUUGAGCGAGGAGGUUACAACCCUGAGCAAAAAGCUGAUAAACGCCAUAAAUCAACAGACGACUCUCGACGAUAGUUUAAGCGCCACUCGACAUGAACUUGAGGCUUCAAGAGAACGAAACAAGCAGCUUGAACGAGAAAACCGAGAGCACAAAGCGCUAGUAUCGAAUGGAGUACUGAUACGGAGCUCAAUAGCGGAAGCCGAGAAGGCCAAACUCAAUGCGACCUUGACAGAAGAGAGGAAUAAAAGAAGGGAAGUUGAGAAAGAAAAGAAGAGUAUCGAGCUAGAAUUGGAGAAUCUUACCACGGCUUUAUUCGAGGAGGCGAACAAGAUGGUUAUCACGGCUCGAGAGCAAGCACAGAAGGAAUAUGAUAUCGUAAACAAAAAGAACGAUCAACUGAAAGCACAACUUCAGGAGGCAGAGAAUUUACUAAAGUCGCAACAAGAACAGUUGGCAGAAUUGAAGCAAGUUAUGGAACACAUGACCGAGGAACAGGAUGAUCAAACAAACCAAACAAAUGGUACCGCACCGUCAACUCCAGCUUUACAUCAAACCGAUCGCAAAGACGAGAAUAUGCACAACUCGGACUCAAUACAAUCUUCGUCAAUCCCGGAACCCGUCUCGCCUUCAUAUCCUACGAGUUUCUUGCACCUGAUCCAACCAGUCCUUCGAACUGAUCUUGGAGCUUACGAUGAUUUUAUCUCUCUACUACGUAUGUCAAGGAAUGUUGUUGGGAGUCGCGUUUCCAGUGGAUCUUAUGGAGGAAUCGGUUUAGGGUUAGGACUAGGAGCAUACACUGGGUCAACACAUGCGCCAAACAACGGGUCAACAUCUUCUAUCUCCACAUUGGGCACAUUUGGAUCUUCCCCCGCAACGCCGACUACACCAGCCUCCAAUGUGAGCUCAAGCUCAAGAGAUGGCCCCAACUCUUUGACCCCAUUAAAAGAAACGAAAUUUUAUAAACGAGCUCUCGCCGAGGACAUCGAGCCCACGCUGCGUCUCGAUAAUGCCCCAGGACUUUCUUGGCUCGCUCGAAGGACAGUCCUAAAUGCAGUAUGUGAAGGGUCGCUUGUUGUUGAACCAAUGCCUUCCUCUAUAAAGCCAUAUGCAUUCCCCUGCUCUCUUUGUGGCGAAGCCCGAAAGGGUCCAGAACAUAUCAGAAGCCAUAGAUUCCGAACGAGCGAGAGCGAUAAUGCGCAAAGGUACCCCCUAUGCCUAUAUUGUCUAGGACGCGUCCGUUCGACUUGCGGAUUUAUGAGCUUUUUACGUGUCCUUAAAGAAGGUCACUGGAGAGGUGAAGAUGAGGAGUCUGAUAAAGCUGCCUGGGAAGAGAGUGUUAGGUUAAGAGAACGGAUGUUCUGGUGUCGUGUUGGCGGCGGGGUCAUUCCAUGCGUACAGUCUUGGAAUCAAGAGUCAUCUAGGAGUCCUCGCUUAAGUGAUGAUGAAAGAAGACGCAAGAUCAGUGGAGAAUCGGAUAGGUCUAUCGAAAUCAUACCUAGGGACAUUACGCCAACUAGUGAACUCUCACCCGUCAACGUAACCGGUUUUGGGAGAAGGUCAGGUGAUGGAGAAAUCCUCCCUAGUCCCCUUCGGGAGGAAGUAGAGAGGACUGAUGUUCCAAUCAUCGAUUCUGAGUUGGAGAAUCGGGAAGCAGAGAAAGAAACAGCACUGGCGACGGUACCUAAACAACAAUCGGAAUUGGAACUUGCAGAGAAUUCUAGUGUUGUAAUUCCCGAAACUGAAGUGGAAGACGAAGAUCAAGAAACGGAACAGAUCAGCAAUGCAGAAGAUUUUCACGAUGCAAAUGAAGUGGAACAUAUUGAACCAGAACAAAAAGGGGACACGGAAGAAGUUCACAAUGUAACUGAGGAAACGCCACAAUCCGAGUCCUCAGCACAAAACGAGGAGUCUAUCGAAAGCAGUGACGACACUGAAAAGCUUUCAAUCUCCAUACCUGGAGCUUUUUAA